AUGCUAGACUUCUUCGGAAACUGUAAGAUUAAUUUUCUUGUUACAGAGUCCUUAUUACUGAGGAUAGUCCGGGUCAAUGUGCCGUCGUAUCGAGUGAGGGGUCAGCUGGCGCAGUUGGAUUGUGAUUACGAAUUAGGAGACGAUACGUUAUAUUCAGUGAAAUGGUAUAGAGAUAAUGAAGAGUUUUAUCGAUACAUGCCGAAAUAUGACCCCCCGAAGCUUUGGUAUAAAUUGGAUGGAGUCAAAGUUGAUCUGUCAAAAUCGGAUGAUAGAAGAGUAGUAUUGCAUCAGGUUACACUAAAAUCAUCAGGCUUAUACAGAUGUGAGGUUUCUGCUGAAGCUCCAAGUUUUGCGUCAUCGGCUGGGGAAGGUAGAAUGGAAGUAAUAUAUUUACCUCGAGAAGGGCCAAGAAUAACAGGAAAUGAACAGGAAAAUAGACGAGGAGAUUCUUUAUUUUUAAAUUGUACUUCGGGACGGUCAUAUCCAGCAGCUAUUUUGAGUUGGGACAUCGAUGGUGAAAAGGUUACUGAUCCGGCACUACUAGUAGAAUAUCCACCAAUCCAGCACUCGCAUGGACUACUUUCAACUGCUUUAGGGCUGCGGGUACCAGCAGGUCGAACUAUGCAAGUUAAGUGUACGGCAAGGGUUGCGCCAGCAUGGAGGGAAGGCAGCGAAGCAGUGGUUGGCAAUAGCCAGUUAGCAGACAGUAAGGAAGCUAUGUUGUUAGUGAGGAGCUCAAGCGCGACGUCUACAUUAAGUGUAACGUUGUUAACACUUUGCCUACUCCAAUUUCUCAGUUCUUUAAAACAAACGUGA